ACGGCAGCACCAGCAGCUAACAGUAGUACAUUCACGUUACAACAGCUAGCUGGCGUACAAUCACUAGUUAGACGUUAACUUACUGUUUGGCUAUCUUUAACGGAAGUUUUCCCGUAAAUGAACUGUUCUGACAUCGCCUGGUGUUGAAGAAGUUUAAUAAACAUGAGUGACCAGGGGGACAUUUGUCCCCACCUGAAUUCCAUAGGGGAGGUAACCAAGGAGGAGCUUUUGCAGAAAUCCAAGGGAUCCUGCCAGUCAUGUGGAGUGGGAGGUCCCAACCUCUGGGCCUGUCUGCAGAGCGAGUGUCAAUAUGUUGGCUGUGGAGAAACCUUUUCAGACCAUAGCACCCUACAUGCACAGGCAAAUAAACACAACCUGACGGUGAACCUGACCACUUUCAGGAUCUGGUGCUAUGUGUGUGAGAGGGAGGUGUUUCUGGAGCAGAGGCCUGCAGUUGUACCUGCUAUGUCUGCCACACACACUCCCCACCACUGUAAAGCUAAGGAACACCAGGUACGCCAUCGCACAAAGGAUGCAGUUCAUCAACCAGUGAGUCACCACCACCCGUUGAAAGCAGUGCCUAUCGCGGUAGCCGAAGAAGAGUGGUCAGAGUCAGAGGAGGAUGUGCUCAAACCCAGAGGUUUGACCGGGAUGAAGAAUAUUGGUAACUCCUGUUACAUGAACGCAGCGCUUCAAGCCCUGUCCAACUGUCCUCCUCUCACUCAGUUCUUCCUGGACUGCAGUGGACUGGUGCGGACUGACAAAAAGCCUGCACUGUGCAAAAGCUACCAGAAACUCAUCUCUGAGCUCUGGCACAAGAAACGGCCCAGUUACGUAGUCCCCACCAGCCUGUCCCAGGGCAUCAAGCUGGUCAACCCCAUGUUCCGUGGCUACGCCCAGCAGGUAGGGGCAAGCUCCCAGCAGGACACCCAGGAGUUCCUGCGCUGUCUGAUGGACCAGCUCCACGAGGAGCUCAAAGAGCCACAGGUAGAGUGUGGUGGGGGAGGGGAGGGGGAUGAGAGGAGGGAUGGGGGCGACCGCUCCCCCUCUGAGGACGAGUUCCUCUCCUGCGACUCAGGCGCCAGCAGCGACCGGGGGGAGGGAGGGGGACUGGGGGAGCCCGAGCUGCUCAUUCAGGACGAGUGUGGGGUGGGGCCGAGAGUUGGAAGAGGGGGGACAGGCACGGGCGGAGGGAUUGGCACAGGGGGGCCCAUCUCAGAGAAAGAGAGGCUGAAGGAGAAAAGGGUGUUGGGCUCGCCCCUCCACAGGGGCUCCCAGGAGAUGGACGAGGACGCUGAUGUGGAUACGACAGUGGCCGAAGAGGGUGGUCUGGAGAGGGGAGCGGAGGAGGAGGAGGGGACCCCCCCUAGCCCUAGGCCACAGGGUCCGAGUCAGACACAGGGGCAGACGCAGAGCAACAGCACUCCAGAGCCAGACAAUGAGGCAUCGAUGCAGAAGCGCCCCCAGUCUCGCCCCUGCAGCCCCGUCCGUACUGUCCAGGAACUGCACCCUAAACUCUCCCCCAGCCCCACUCGCUCCAGCCCCUUCCGCUCUGCAGGGCCCGAAUACUCUUUUAAGAAAGCCCAGCUGUUCCUGGGUGCCAAGAAGCAGAAGCAGUCUCACUACCGCAGCGUCAUCUCAGACAUCUUCGACGGCUCAAUCCUCAGCCUGGUCCAGUGUCUGACUUGUGACAGGGUGUCGACCACAGUGGAGACCUUCCAGGACCUGUCCCUGCCCAUCCCAGGUAAGGAGGACCUGGCCAAGCUACACUCCUCCAUCCACCAGAACCUCCCAGCCAAGACCGGGGUAUCUCUGGACGUCUACGGCUCCCAGGGCUGGAUCACCUACAUCAUGGGCUCCAUACGCAGGUUUGUGGUGUCCUGUAUCCCCAGCUGGUUUUGGGGUCCUAUGGUCACACUGGAGGAUUGCCUCGCCGCCUUCUUCGCCGCUGAUGAGCUCAAAGGGGACAACAUGUACAGCUGUGAAAGGUGUAAAAAAUUGAGAAAUGGUGUAAAAUAUUGCAAAGUACUUCGGCUACCUGAGAUCCUGUGCAUCCACCUGAAACGUUUUCGCCACGAGGUGAUGUACUCCUUCAAGAUCAACAGCCACGUGGCCUUCCCAUUGGAGGGCCUCGAACUCCGACCAUUCCUGGCCAAGGACAGCCCUUCUCAGAUCACCACCUAUGACCUGCUGUCCGUUAUCUGUCACCAUGGCACCGCAGGCAGUGGUCACUACAUAGCGUACUGUCAGAACGUGCUCAACAGUCAAUGGUACGAGUUUGAUGACCAGUAUGUAACGGAGGUCCAUGAGACUGUGGUGCAGAAUGCUGAGGCCUAUGUGCUCUUCUACAGGAAGAGCAGUGAGGAGUCGGUGAGGGAGAGGCAGAAGGUGGUGGAUUUAGCUAGCAUGAAGGAGCCAAGCCUGCUGCAGUUCUACAUCUCCAGAGAGUGGCUGAACAAGUUCAACACUUUCACUGAGCCAGGGCCCAUCAGCAACCACACCUUCCUCUGCCAGCACGGAGGGAUCCCGCCCAAUAAGUACCACUACAUUGACGACCUGGUGGUGAUCCUGCCCCAGAACGUGUGGGAGUACCUGUACAACAGUUUUGGAGGAGGUCCAGCAGUGAACCACUUGUACGUGUGUGCCAUCUGCCAGGUGGAGUUAGAGGCUUUGGCCAAACGCAGGAAGGUGGAAAUAGACACCUUUAUCAGGUUGAAUAAAGAGUUCCAAGCGGAGGAGGCUCCUACAGUCAUCCUGUGUAUCAGUAUGCAGUGGUUCAGAGAGUGGGAGAGCUUUGUCAAGGGCAAAGACAACGAGCCCCCUGGUCCUAUUGACAACAGUAAGAUCGGUGUCAUGAAAGGGGGACACGUACAGCUCAAGCAAGGGGCUGACUAUGGUCAGAUCUCAGAGGAGACGUGGCAGUAUCUCCUCUGCAUCUAUAGUGGAGGGCCUGAGAUUGCAGUGAGACAGACUGUGCCGGCCACCAACACAGACAGCCUGCAUGGAGAGAGGAAGAUCGAGGCAGAGACCAGGGCACUCUGAGAAAUGGCUCGUCUCUGUUCGACAACCCGAGCUAAAACAUUCACUGACCUGAGGACCUCACACCGAGGACAACCCUUGCAUGACCAAAGACUGACCAAGACCACGUUUUCGGAUUGAAAACACUAGUUGGAGCCAGAGUAAACCGUACUGCAGAUGAACCAUAUCCUGGAUUAAGGGGAGAGGGGGACAAAUAUCGAACACUUGUUCCAUCACUCUCCCUCCCUACUGGCACUAGAGAAAGACUUUACAGAACAGACUAAUAUCUGAUGUAAAUAUUGACAUUGUGUUGGACGCCUGUCCUCAUCUGAAUUGCACUAAGAGAAAGAGAAGGGAAGGUUAUGGGAGCUCGUCCAUAACCCUUUGAACUGGCGGUGACCUCAGAGAUGCCCUAGGGGCUGGGUUCGAUGUGAGGCAGCUGUCUGCUGCGGUCGACGUACAACCCACGUCUGACUUCUCUUUUUUUUAUUACUCCCUCUGUUUUCUUCUCUUGUUGUAGCUACACACCUCUUUCUCUCUCUAGGCCUGGGGCAAGGGUUCAAAUAGUUCUCCUGUAAAUGCAUUCCGAUGGAAGACACACACACUCGCUCACUCACUGGAGGUCUGAGUCAGACUGCGCCACUGAGAGAGAGUUGUGUGUGUCAGUGAGUCUGUCAUGUCUGUUUCACUUACUUACCUGUCACAUCUGUCCACCCGUCUGUCUGUCCGUGUGAAUAAGUGUGAGUGAUAUCGUAACGGUUCGCGGUGUCUGUCUGUGGGAAUCAGUGACUUCAUGUGACAAAGCGUGUGUGUGUGCGUGUCUAUCAGCAUUCAACGAUACGAGCCAAUUCCACUCUGUGUGUAUCGCUCUCCAUAAACCCACAAUGGGCUGUGCCAUGUGCUCACAGUUGAUUGAUGUGUGGAGUCUGUCGGUGAGGAGAACCAGCCGAAGGGCCAUGGAACUGACUGCCCUUCCCGAGGCUCUCCAGGGGGGCUACCACAGAGUCACUGGCCUCCACUACAUGUCCUCCUUCUCCGAUGCAGAGGACUGCUGCGAUGACAACAACAGUCACAACAGCACCACCGGCAGCUCCUUCACUAUGGACUGGCAAGAGACAGAUGACUGACACUGGGGUGACAAGUAGCCUAAGCAGUGUUUCCCAACUCCAGUCCUCGGGGACUUGUCAACUAAUCAUCAAAUAAAAUAAUAUUUUAUUAGUCACAUGCACAAGAUAUAACAGGUGUAGCCCUUACAGUAAAACGCUUACUUACGACCCCCUAACCAACAGUGCAGUUUCAAAAAAGACGGAUAAGAAUAAGAGAUGAAAGCAACAAGUAAUUAAAGAGCAGCAGUAAAAAAUUAAAUAACAAUAUAUACAAGGGCGUGCCGCUACAGAGUCAAUGUACCAGUUAGUUGAGAUAGUAUGUACAGUUGAAGUCGGAAGUUUACAUACACUUAGGUUGGAGUCAUUAAUACUAGUUUUUCUACCACUCCACAAAUUUCUUGUUAACAAACUAUAGUUUCGGCAAGUCUGUUAGGACAGCUACUUUGUGCAUGACACAAGUCAUUUUUCCAACAAUUGUUUACAGACAGAUUAUUUCACUUAUAAUUCACUGUAUCGCAAUUCCAGUGGGUCAGAAGUUCACGUACACUAAGUUGACUGUGCCUUUAAACAGCUUGGAAAAUUCCAGAAAAUGAUGUCAUGGCUUUAGAAGCUUCUGAUAGGCCAAUAGA